AUGGCCGAUUUCCCUCUUAAGUCUUACUCUGCAGCGCCAUGGAUGGAGGAAUUGAAGCAUAUUCCAAGGCAUAGACUCGAGCUUGCCAUGCUGAACAAUCCCAUACACAGAUGGAAUCUUCCUGGAACACCAGCAAACUUUGACGUUUUCAUCAAGAGAGAUGACAUGACAGGCAGCUCAUUGUCAGGAAAUAAGAUUCGUAAGCUUGAAUUCUUGUUAGCAGACGCAGUAAGCCAGGGUUGUGAUACAGUGAUAACUUGUGGAGGAGUAAGAUCCAACCACUGUAGAACCACAGCCGUAGCAACCAGACAACUUGGUAUGGACUGCCAUCUUCUUCUCAGAUCAGAGGCAACAAACCUAGAUGGAUCAUUCACAGGCAACACAUUGUUAGACAGUAUGGUUGGAUGUAGUUUCUAUCUCAUACCCAAGAAAUCUCAGUACAACUCACACAUCUAUCCCAGAAUGCAACAGCUUGUAGAGUAUCUAAGAGAUUCUCUAGGAAAGAAAGCCUACCCAAUCCCAAUAGGUGGAUCUAACUCAGUAGGAGUCUUUGGAUACCUGGAAUGCUUCAGAGAACUCCUCCAGCAGGAUGUUCAGGAGAGGUUCAGCGAUAUUGUCAUAACAUCAGGCAGCAGUGGAUCACUAGCUGGUCUUGCAAUCGGCAACUAUCUGACAGGAAGCAAACUCAGGAUUCAUGGAAUGGCAAUAUGUGAUGACGCAAAAUAUUUUCAUGGAGAAAUCAACAAGGUUUUACGUGAACUUGGCAUGCAGGAAGGUCAAGGGUCAUCAGGGGUCAGGUCAGAGGACAUUGUAGAUGUCGUGGAAGGGGUCAGAGGGCUCGGGUAUGGUUUAUCUCAGCCUGAAGAACUUGAAUGCAUUAACCAAGUAGCCAGGACCACUGGUAUCUUUGUUGACCCAGUCUAUACUGGUAAGGCAACCUUUCACCUCAUGCGUCUGAUGAAGGAGGAACCAGACAGAUUCCAAGGAUCCAAGAUUCUCUUCAUUCAUACAGGAGGAGUGUUUGAUCUGUUCAGUGGUGCCAUGGGUUCUAUGGCUGAUAAAAGGACUUCAUCAGAGAAGAAGGUUUAUGAUUGGAUGGAAAUGACUGAAAAAACACCCCUCUGCCAAUCAGGAUGA